AGUAAAUGUUGGCGCACCGCUAAGCGUAAAAAAGAUUGAGAAAAAAAACUACAACUCAACAACUACAGCAAAAGUUUCAAUUUCAGUUUCAGUCCCGGUUCAUUAGAUCAAUUGAAAGUGAUUUUGUUGUUGUUGUUGUUGAUUUUGUUGUCUUUUUGAGGCUGGGUGUUUGCCAGCGAAGGUCUUUUAGAGUCGUUGCGUUAAUCAAGUUUUUAAUCGAUUCAUAAAAGUUGUGAACAAAAGACGAAAAAUAAAAAGCGCAGAACGAGAACCAGCUGAAAUGAAAGUGCUACAACGUUUACUGUUAAUCGGCUGUCUGUUUGGCAGUCUAGUCAGCGCUCAGGACUAUCAGGAUUAUCAGCAGAGUGCACCCAGAUCGGCGCCUCAUCGAUUGCAGUCCAGUGCACAGCAGGAGGCGCCGCGCCCGACGCCGGUGCCCAUUCUCAAGCAAAUUAACAAGCAUAAUGAGGACGGUUCCUACACAUACGGAUAUGAAGGUGCCGAUGGCUCCUUUAAGAUCGAAACAAAAUUGGCCACCGGCGAGGUGAAGGGCAAAUAUGGCUAUAUCGAUGCCGAUGGCAAGGUGCGCGUCGUGGAAUAUGGCGCCAACAAGUAUGGCUUCCAGCCUUCUGGUGAGGGCAUCACGGUGGCACCGCCCACGCUGGUCGAUGAGUCCGCCAAGGAGGAGCCCGACUACGAUGAGGAGCCAGUUCAGCGACCGCAGCGACCUUAUCGUGUUCAACGACCCCAUCAGCAGCAUCAGCCACGCCCACAGCCAGCACCACGCCCACAGCCGCAACCACAACCGCAACCACAGCCACAAUAUGUGCCGUACCAGGAAGAGGAGGAAUUGGAGCCGCAGCGACGCGUCCAAUAUGCACCGCAGCCACAGUCCUCCAGCGUGGGUCCAACACCACCACGCUUGCAGGUAUCGGGAGCACAGCGCACCACCGAUGUGCUCUACUCACCGCUGCAGCGACCCGCUCGCCCUGAGCCCGAUUACUCGCAGACGCAGAGCUUCGGUGACGGACCAUCGAAUGUGCGCAUUUCCCGACCAGUCUACGCUCUGCCUCCCGCCUCGCCGGCACCGAGCAGCGCUCGCGCACAGGGCUUCCUGGCACCAGCAUCUGGCGGACGACCGUUGCUGGAGCCGGUGCAUUUUGGCCCUACCCAGGGACCGAUUGCACAGCCGGUGCAACAGUCGCAGCUGCAGCAACAAGCUCAGCGCAGCUAUCAGCCUCAGCAUCAGGCUCAGGGACGCGCUGGUGGCAGUCUGCUCGAUCAGCUGGCUCGGGACUAUGCUCUGCCCCAGGGCAAUGCUCAGCCGUUGCAUGACAUCACCUUUGGCUAUUAUUAGAAGCGGGAAGCCGGAGAAACUGGUAUUGGGUAGUUAAGGCGGCGCAUCAACCGCUUCUUUGAGUCAGGUGCAUAAUGAAAGCAACGAUAAAUGAUGUCCGAAUUACCGGACGUAGUUUCCCCAUUCCGUGAGAGUUUCUAUUCCAACUAUUACAUCUGCAAAACGCCAGUGAUUCCUUGCUUCUAGAUUCUAGGUACUAAAAUCUAUAUGUAUAUUCAAUUCGUAAGAUUUUAUGAUCGAUGUUUUACAAUUAAAUAAAAAAUAAAAUAUUUUUUGUCCUAAAA